GCAAAUAUAAGCUCUAGAAAAUGCGCUAUAAUAUUCUUAAUUAAUAGAGAAAUCAGUCUGUUAUUAAUAUUUUUUGCUUUUUUUGGGUGUUAUUUGAAAAAAAGUAGCAAAUGGCCUUAUUAUAUGACUCAAAUUCGUUAAUUGAGGGAUUACGUACUAAAUAUCUUGAGAAUAUUAAUGACAGUAUUGGUGAGAGAGUGAUUGGUAGUAAGAAUAAGGUGUCGAAUAAGAAAAAGAGGUUUGGAUCGUCAGAAAAUGUCAUUGAUCAUAAAAAGAUUGUUUCUUUUUAUCUAUCAGAAGAAGAUUCUAUGUCAAGUUUUAAAGAAGAUGAAGUUUUUGAUGAGGAUAAAUCGGUUGAUAUAGUUUCUCAAGGAUAUGAUAUGGAAAGAUCCAUUAAACGAAAACAACGUUAUGCAAAUGAAUCGCUAUCAAUUUUGUCGGAAAAGAAUGCUUCGAAUAUUGGAGAAAGUGAUUCAGAUGAUUUGGAGUUAUGUUUUUUGAAAUAUUUAUCUAAAGAAAAGGUUAAACUUAAGUCGAAAAGUAUGGAUAUUUUUAGAAGAGAUUCAAAGGAGGAUUUAACGGCUAUUAUGAAGAAUCAAUGUUUAAUUUCUGGUUCUGAAAGUAAACAUAUGAGUAGACAAUAUAAAGCGCAAUCAAGAGAGUUAAAGAAUAAUGAAUUAACUAUUUCUUGUUCUAAUGAUGUUUUAAGUAAAUCAUUAGAAAGCAUUUAUCGAAACGACAUGAGUUAUAAUCCAUAUUCGAGUUAUAUGGAAGAGGGAUGUUUAAAUUUUUCUCGAAAAUCAUAUCCAUUUUGCCAAUCAUCUUCUCAUAAGAGAUCAUCUUUAUUAACUAUUUUGAUAAAAACAGGAAUGAAAAUACAGACUAAUCCUCUUGCUGAUAUAUUUGCUUGUUUUUCAGGAAAAGGUGAUCUUAAUCCUUUAAAGUUGAAAAUAUAUCGUCCGUCAGGAAAAGAUCCAAAAAGGCCUGUUUCUGUUGUUAUAAAACGAAUUGCUACUGUUUCUGAUGUAAUUGGUUUUUCUUUGUAUUGUUAUAUAGAACAGAAGAUGGAACCAAGGCUUACUAGUGAGCAAUUAAAUCCAAACAUGUGGACUUUACGUAUUGUAGAGGAGGAUGGUGAAUUGGAUCAUGAUUUUCCAGCUCUGGAUAGAACAAGAUUUUUAUCAAAAUUCGGUUUUGAUGAAUUUGCUCUUGUUGAAGCGACAUCUACACAAUUUUUAGAAAACGAAAAAUUAACCCCAUUUAACUUUAAAAUUAAUAUUGAUCAUUUUAAUUCUUAG